AUUUUUUCUUGUGGGCUCCGUUGCGCAAUGGCCCGCCACGACAUUUUCGAUGGAGAGCCAACUGUCAAACAGGGGGCGUCCAUUGCCAUGAUUGCCCGCGUUGGUUAUGGCUUCCUUCGACGCUUUUGAGCGUGGAUUUGCAAAAGCAAGCUUGGCUCAGGACUCUUCCGUUGGCGGGUUGCCGGGCAACAUGUGUGGAGGUUGCCGUGGAAGAGUGAAGGAUGGUGUUGGGGUGCCCUUUACGAAUUUGCUUCAGCUUUUGCCAAACAAGGAAUGGGUGCCAUUCGGCCACGAGGCUUUGUCGGUCGAGAGUGGUGCUUUUGGAACUCGAAAUCCGAACGUGCAGUUCUACUUGAAACCUUCGUUGAUGCCCAUUUGUGGGUCAGUGGACCUCAAGACUCAUGUCCUCUACCAAAAGGACUUGGCUUUUCUCAAGAAGGAUGGGCAACACGAAGUGAGGAUCAACAAAGAGAUCUCCAGCAUUUGGACUGCCAAAGAGCUGCUGAACUUCGCCCACGCGCGCUCGACCGAGUUCGACUUGGCCAACGUCGUCACCGUGCUGCACCGAAUCGCCAAGUCCGCCGACCGUUGGCAGAUGAAACGGGACGCAAGGCUUGGGAAGAUUGUGGCUCAAGCAGUGGAUGUGCUUGGAGAAGAUGGGCGGACAACACCUCGCGACAUAGCAAAGACUCAGUGGGCCAUAGGACGCUUGCACGCACAAGAUGCCCCAGUGCAAGAGAAACUCAACAGAGCGAUUGCUAGGCGAAUGAGUGAGUUCGAAGCACAAGGAUUGUCCAAUGUCAUUUGGGGCCUGGCCUUCGCGGAACAGGAUGCAGCGUGUGCAAUGCGCUUGGCUUUGCUGGAGUUCCACCAAAGAAUUGGUGAAUGCGACCCACAGGCUUUGAGCAAUGUUGCGUGGUCCAUUGCGAAGUCUUUGGCUGCGGGACAUGAGCCGUUGCUCCUGGCACUGUCCUCUGCGAGCAUCGCGCGCGUGAAGAAGUUUGAUCCGCAAGGGCUCGCGAAUCUCAGCUGGUCCUUCGCGACCCUGCAGCAGCACGAUCCUGUGCUUUUUGCUCGUGUCGGUGAAACCUUCCUCUCCAGCAGCUCCACUUGGGAGCCACAGCACAUCGCCAAUUUUCUUUGGUCGUGCGCGAGGUGCCAGGUGGAGUCACCACCUCUACUAGCUGGGCUUUGUGCAGCAUCCAGCUGCUCUUUGGACACCUGGACCUGUCAGGGCUUGGCCAACCUUGCCUGGAGUCUGGCCAAGCUGGAACGCGCAGAAAACAGCUUGUUGGAGAGGAUCAUUACGGUGUUAGCCCGCAAGAUUCGGCGUUGCUCGCCACAGAACACGGUGAACCUGGCCUGGUCCUUUGCCAAGCUUCUGGCCGCCACGUCAGCUGUUUUGGAGCUGCUUGCCAGCCAGACAACGAGGACCUUGGCGGAAUUCAGCCCGCAACAUUGCUCAAAUUUAAGUUGGGCCUUUGCCACUAUGAGCCACAUGCAAGAGCCCUUGAUGAUGAUGAUCAGCCGGCACAUGCUGGAGUGCAAGGAGGAAUGCCACGCCCAAGAUAUUGCAAGCCUUCUUUGGUCAUGUGCCAAGCUUGCCUGGCAAGACCAGGCGCUCCUCAAGCAUUUGUGCGCUUCUUGCAUUGUGAAGGUUGAGAGCUUCAGUGCCCAGCAUAUGGCCAUGUGCACAUGGGCCCUGGGGUGCCUCACACUUCCCCAGCAGGAGCUGAUGCAUAGCUUCGCUCGCCAGCUGCCAAGGUCCCGGGGAGAGAUUGGGACGCAAGGAAUCUCCAACUUGGCGCAUGGCUUGGGGAAGCAGGCUUUGCGUGAUGAAGACUUCUUGGACUUCCUCUCUCAAGAGGCCAGUGGAUCUUUUGCUCUUUUCACGAACCAGGAGUUCGCGAUGACCCUUUGGGCGUUUGCCAAGUUGCACUUCCUGUCCCCUCCCCUGGUGGCCGGGGCGUGUCAAGAAUGUCUCGAGCGUCGGCCGCAUUUGCUUCCACAAGAUUUGGUGGUGCUGUCCUGGGCAUUUGCACGCUUGGAUGUUGGAUGGAUCUUGAGCGCUAUGUCGGCCGAAGUGCAGAAGUCCAUCCCAGAACUAGGCCCUCAAGACCUGGCGAACGUUUCAUGGGCCUUUGCCGCGGCUCAGGCUGGAGCUUGGAGUCUCUUGGAAUUCUUCUCGAUAAGUCUUUGUAACAGGGAGGGGCUCAAGGGCUUGUUCCCUUAUCUCUGCCAGUCGUGUCACCAGGUGGAAGAUGCGCCAAUGAUGAGCUCCAUCGCUCAGGAAGCACGUCGACAGAUCCUGGAACUGGAGGUGCAAGAUGUUUCGAACAUCUCCUGGGCCUUUGCGAAGUUUGGCCUCCGCGAUGCGCACUUCUUUGAGGUUUUGGCGGAGAGGGUGUCUGCUUUGGUGGGAUGCCUUUUGCCCCAGAACUUGUCGAUCCUAUGCUGGUCCUUCGCCAAGCUUGAGCUGCAAAAGCCCAAGCUCAUAACCUGCAUAAUGCAGGAAUGUUGGAAGCAUGUCGAUCAGUUUGAUAGCCAAGGUGUCUCAAACUUGAUUUGGUCUUUAGCAGUUUUGGCCUACGAUAGUCCCAGCCUAUGCCAGCGGCUCUCGCAGCGAGCGAUAUGCCUUGUGCAUGAGAUGACCGCGCAGGAGAUGGCGAACAUCGCAUGGGGACUCCAUGUUCUGCAGCAUGGCAACACGCUCCAGUGCUUCCUGCAACACUCUAUAGGCCCUUUCAGCCGAAUGGCCGUGCGGGAUGGAGCGGCCUGGGUGGAUUUCGUCAACGUUUGCCUGGAGGCACAGGAGGCCAGCGGAACUCAAUGGCCCCGACCUUGCUAUGUGCACCGUUCGUGCUGGACUCCUGACCCACUAGGAUAGAUAGAAGAAGAACAUGGCCGUCCAAUGCCGCUGCAAGUGUGGCGAUGGAGUGGCAUACACAAAACCAAGGGACACUUGCCAAUGGAGUGCCUAUGGGGCUGGAGGAAUUGGGUCUCAUUCAGUGGCACCGGUUUCAACCGCCUCGCAGUUCUGGGAGGACGGGAUGUGCAAGACGAGCGGCACGCAUUGCUCGGACCUCGAGCGUCCUGAGUUUUUGUGCAUUAAAGUGCGCUGGUGGGGCGGACUUCGAGUUCAUUGAACUUCUUCAAGGAGCACAUUUGGGCAUUGCUUUGAGGAGAGCCAUUGACAUAAGGUAAGAAUGUGAUGUGUACCUGACCUCCUGAUUUCUUUGGACGAAGCUGAAUGGCUACACAGUUUGGCCGCAGUGUUAAGCUUUGUGUUGACAACCUGAGCCCACCACAUGCCAAAUCUGGAUUCUUUCCGGUCAGAACAGUCGACGAUGAACAGCGUACUUGGAGCUGGCCAUGUAUUUGGCGUGGAAAGACUUCAAAUUCGACUCCUCCACACCCAUGCGAAGCAAAGGUAAGCUCAGGUUGAGCCUAAAGAAAAGGGGACGGUGUCGGUGAUGUUGCGGUUGAGCAUGUGGCAGCAGGUCAGCAAAACGUGUGGAGGUCACUUCAUCAGACGUGGGAGUGCAGAGAGAUGGAAGUAGAAGAAUUGAUUUUUUGGAGCUGGUGUACCGAAUCGGCGGAAGAAGGGCAGCGCGUGCAAAAAUUGGCUGAGAAGGUGCACGCCGCAGCUUUGCAAGGAUGAUUUGUGGAAUAAAGAGUGUUCAACUGGCGUGCUGAAGCCUUGAAACUGGAAAGUAUUUUUUCUCCGACUUUAUAUAGUCUUCCAAAGUGCAAGGCUAGACAAGACCUUGAGAGGGUUCUCUUCAGCCGAAACUUUGCCUUGC